AUGUUGUACACGUUGUCCAUAUUUUUAAAGCAGCUAAGUAUGAAAAAGUUGAAGUAUUAUAAGUAUACCAUCUCCCAAUGCCUGUGGACACAGUGGCUGAAAUAUCUAGUAAAAGUACGUAAACUUCGUCUAUUGCCUUGGAAGAGCAAGAGUUUCAUGAUACAGUUAUGUUUUUACUCAGUCUACAUCUUAAUCUUUAAAUCUUUUCAAAUUUCAUGUCAAGCAGCUACACACAAGAGGAUGUACUUUACUCUGCAGGAGAGGGCUAGGAGUCUCCAAGAGCAGUCAGGGGGACCGUUUUUGAUCCUUUUAUUCAGGUCGAUGCUACAGAUGCCCUACAGAUGCCCCGUAUGAGAAGCCCCUUCAAAGACUUCAACAAAAAUCCCUUCUUCACUCAUAAGACUGAAGAAGCUUGCCAUUAUCACGUCUACGGGGCAAAUUCCUCUUGCGAU